UGCGGCCAAAAUCAACUGCUGGGGGAAGGACAAAACAGCUAUUCACUGCCAAGGAGGACAACAAGGAUGAAUAACACAAGGAUGAAGAGAUGUGCUCUGUGGGCUUGGCUGUGCGUUUUGAUAUUUUUCUCGAGUCAUGGCGGACGCAGUGGUUAUGGCACCAACACGAAGGAGGCAGCGGGAUUCCAUGGUGCCGUUUUGUUCGCUUCUGCCCAGGGUUCGAGUCCCAGCGCAGAGCCUUCGGCAGCGGUAGUCCCCCCGGUGCCCGCGAGCGAGACUGGUGGUCCUCCCCCCAUUGUUGAGUCAGCGUCGCCUUCCGUCGCUGCUGGUGGUCCCAUUCCGUCAGCGUCAACGACUCCUCCAUCGCCAUCCACCCCUCCAGCAUCAACACCUCCACCAUCGCCAACACCUCCAGCAUCACUCCCAUUGGCAACAACUCCGUCGACAUCGAAAGGAGUCGGCGUGAAUGUCGGAUUCGGCUACAGCUCCACUCAGAUUAAUUCGAGCAAGAUUGUGGAAAUUGUAAAGAAGAUCAAGGCGUCUUCGGUCAAAUUGUUCGGCGAUUUUGUGGAUACUCCCGAAGCCGUGGCGCUCAUCGACGCGCUGGCGGGGACGGGAAUCGAUGUCCUCAUCCCAGUUGAUAUGAAGCAGAUUGCUACGCUUGCCUCCGACUACAAUGCAUCUCGGGAGUUCGUGCAGACCAAGGUCAAAUCCCGCCUCGAUCAAUCAGUCGCCAUCUCCACCAUCGCGAUUGGCAACGAAGUUCUUCUGCCAGAGCAUGGCACUACAUACUGGGCCACGGUCGUUCCUGCAAUGGUGAAUGUCCACAAAGCACUCCAGGAAUUUGGUCUGGACCAGACCAUCAAGGUUGUAACCCCCCUCAACUUCAAUUGUCUUCGAGCGACGUACCCUCCAAGCGCAGGGGUAUUUAACCAGUCGUACAUCAAUACAAUAAAACCUUUGUUGCAGUUCCUGAAUGAAACGGGCUCCCCCUUCAUGGUGAACAUAUACCCCUUUUAUCCGACAAGGGACCCCACUAACAAYWUUAUGGUCGAUUUUGYGCUGGGGGUCCCYGGCAGCARGAUAGACACRGACCCGGKCASURRCUUGAGUUACACAAACAUGGUGGACAUGAUGAUGGACGCUCUUGCCUUUGCGAUAGAGAAGGAAGGCUUCUAUGGGAUGCCUUUGGCUAUUGGGGAAGUGGGAUGGCCCACUGGUGGGCACCCCAUUGCGACAGUCGCGAAUGGAGAGAAGUUCAACAACUACCUUGUCGGGCAACUGAUGAGCAAGAAGGGUACUCCGAAGCGCCCGGGCGAUGACGGGUGGAUGCAGGUUUACCUGUUCGAGUUGCUGGAUGAAGACCUAAAGCCAUACACAGAUGGCAAUGGAAUCUUUGAGCGGGAAUGGGGAAUCUACUAUCUGAAUGGAACAGCCAAAUACUCAAUCGACUUGACUCAAGGAUGGAAUACUACUACAACUGUGCCUCCUGCCAGUGUUUCCGCUCCUGCGGUAUCUCCCAAUUGUGAGCCUGGUGAUAGGGGGGGUAAGGCACAGAGUCCAAAUCAAACCCUUGCUCUAACUGGAGGGCCGAACACGUACUGUGUUGUCAACGACUGUGCUAGCGAUGUCUCCAUACAGCAAGCCAUUGACUGGUUGUGCGGGACCGCGAAUGUGACUUGCAGUGCCACACUAGAAGGUGGAGUAUGCUUUACUCCAAACACUGCCGUAAGCCAUGGCUCCUAUUUGUUUAAUACUUAUUAUGCCAGUCAGGGAAGGAAGCCUAGUGCAUGCGCCUUCGAAGGCAAGGGAAUGAUUGUGGGGGUAAACCCAUCUUAUGGGUCCUGUACUUACUCAUGAAGCUCCUUGCCUGCAUGCACCGAAUGCCACAAAUGGCAUGUGCUUCCAACAUGACGUGUUCCAAUUCAGCUC